AUGUUUAAGUAUCGGAUCCGGGUGUUUUUCAAUGAAGUCAAAGUGUUGCUACUGAUGCGCUCCGGAUCAAGCAGGAGGACUGACACAGGCACAGACCCGGACACGCAGACCAGGAUGCGAGGGCUCGCAAUUGGAGGCUGUGGUUGGCCGCCGUUGGACUGCUCUCACCGGGACGACGAGGAGGAAUAUUACGGCUCUGACCCCCGGCCACGCAGCCUGGCAUUUGAGGAUAAAGAAGGAACCAGCCCCCAGGGAGGAGGCCUGGACUCUGCCUCCCUCCCGAGUCUCUCAGAGAGCGGGAUGCGAUCACCGCAGUGCCGGAUCUGCUUCCAGGGACCGGAGAAGGGGGAGUUGUUGAGCCCCUGUCGCUGCGAUGGCUCCGUGCGCUGCACUCACCAGUCCUGCCUCAUCCGCUGGAUAAGUGAGAGAGGCUCCUGGAGCUGUGAACUCUGCUACUGCAAGUACCAGGUCCUGGCCAUCAGCACCAAAAACCCACUGCAGUGGCAGUCCAUCUCUCUGACUGUGAUUGAGAAGGUGCAAAUUGCAGCCAUUAUCCUGGGCUCUUUGUUCCUAAUCGCCAGUAUCGCCUGGUUGGUGUGGUCCUCUCUCAGCCCCUCAGCCAAGUGGCAGCGGCAGGACCUUCUCUUUCAAAUAUGCUACGGCAUGUACGGCUUCAUGGACAUAGUUUGUCUAGGCCUCAUAAUCCAUGAAGGAUCGUCUGUUUACCGGAUCUUUAAGCGCUGGCGGGCUGUGAACCAGCAGUGGAAAGUGCUGAAUUACGAGAAAGCGAAGGACUUAGCUGACCCCAUCAGUUCCAGCAGUAAAGGCUCUGGUCGUGUUGAGAGGAACUCUUCUCACUCUGUCACAGACAGAGGACGGAGGGUGAGUCGGCAUGUCAGGACUAUUCUCCACCAACACUGUGGCUACACUAUUUUGCACAUCCUCAGCCAGUUGAGACCCAACAACCUGCACAGCUCCAACCAUGAGGUGGUCAUGAGGGUGACCACUGUAUGA